GUCCCCAAGCUGGGCUGCACCGGCCUGGGGGUGCAGAGCUCCCUCGGGGCGCACUGCAGCAUCCAGCGCCUGAUCGGCCGCUUCACCGACCGCCUCCCUUGGGAGCUGGUGCUCCCGGGAAGCCCUGGGGAGCAGAGUCAGUCCCCUUCUAGAGAGGAGCCAGCCCGUCUUGCCCUCCGCCCUGUCCUGCAGGUCCUUAUUUCUCCUGACGUGCCCUACCAGACCCUGGCGGGCUUUGUGAAGGGAUCCCAGAGUUUGCACAGGACCAGCCCCGGGCACUACGAACGCCUGGCUUGCCUCCUUCUCCUGCAGGUGUGCAUGGGGCUGGAGCACCUCCAGGUGCAGCACGUGGGGCAGGGGGAUCUCUGCCCUGAGAACCUGCUGCUGGUGCAGUGCCCGUGUCCUCCCCGGAGCCAGCAAGGCAAGGAGGCAUCCCUGUCCCUUCCAAGGCUGGUCAUCAGCAGCUUCUUCAAGGUUAAAGGCAAGCAAAGACCUUGUUCUACCAGCCAAGAGCAGGACUGGACCAAGGGGCUUGCUGCACCACCCUCCCCGGUGGCAGAUGAGCUGAAUGUCGGCAUGCUGAUCUACCAGAUCUUGCAUGUGGAUAUCUCUCUGGAAAACACCUUGGGGUUCAGAAGCAAUAGACUUCCUGAAAUCCCCUCCCUGUCCAUCUAUUCCACGGGACUCAAGCGCCUGGCCAUGCUGCUUCUCCAUAGAGAUCCCUGCAAGAGGGUCUCCAUCGAGCAGGCAAGGAGCAUCCUGCAGGUCCUGCUCUGGGGGCCUCGCCAGGAGCUCUUCGCCAGGAGCAAGAAGACCCUCACCCUGCUCCGGAGCUGGGUGGAGGUGAAGAGGACUCUGCUGCUCCUGAAGUUUGCCGAAAAUUCGGCUGGGGCAGGGGCAAGCCCCGGCCUGGAGGAGUGGCUGUGCUGCCAGUACUUCAAGGAGGUCACUGAACACAAACUCUACCAAGUCACCCAGGCUCUCUACACGCCCUAA